AUCCUUUUUUCUUUUCUGAAGAACAAACCUGUACUACAGAGAGAGAAGGAGAAUUUUAAAAUUCCCCUGGCUGUCUUAGUUAGCAACCACCACUCAUUAGUCCCGCAAACGAAAUAGCAACACACCAUCCUCCUCCUCUCAUCCAAGGCGUUGGUUUUUAUAGCCUCACAUAGCUCAAACACACAAUGCUAGUCUUGCUGUUCACAUCAUUGCCAAGCCACAAGGAAAAGAAGGCAACAAGGCAGCACAGCAGCAGCAGAAGAAGAACAAGAAGAAACAAUGGAUUGUUGCGUUUGCAGCCCCAUGGCGUCCAUGUACAGGCCUCCAAGGAACACCAUCUGCGCUUCGUGCUAUGAAGGUGCCAAGGCCAUCAUCGCCUUCUUCAACGACGAGGAACAGGGGGGCGAUGCUGAUCAAGGCUCCGUGAAGUCCCAUGGAUUGACAAAGCUGAACAACGCAACCAAGGGAUUAAGAGAAGCGUGGGAGGAGGCGCGAUGCCGGGAGGAGGAGGCCAAGCAGAGGGUCUCGUUUCUCCAACAAGGCUUCGCGGCGGCGUGGAAGGACGGCCUCCACACCGACAUCGCCGUCAGCCCUGGAACUGGGCCCCCAAUUCAAGCCCACAAGGCCAUCCUUGCCGCGCGGUCGGAGGUGUUCCGCCACAUCCUCGUCGGCGGCGACGGCUGCAAGGCCCCCGCCGGCGACUCCAUCUCCCUCCCGGAGCUCGCCCACGACGAGCUCUCCCACCUCCUGGGGUUCCUCUACACGGGGGCCCUGACGUGCACGGAGGAGCGGCACCUGCACGCGCUGCUGGUGGCCGGCGACAAGUACGACGUGGCGUUCCUCCGGCGGGCGUGCGAGGCGCGGCUGGCGGCGCGGGUGGAGGCCCGGAACGUGCUGCGGACGCUGGAGGUGGCGGAGCUGAGCUCGAGCCUGGCGCUGAAGGAGCGCGCCAUGGGGACGGUGGUGGAGCACGCGGAGCAGGUGGUGUUCUCGCCGGAGUACGAGGAGUUCGCCGUCCGGAACGCCAGCCUCUGCGUCCAGAUCACCCGCGCUCUGCUCGCCGCCAAGUCCUUUCCCGCCAAGACGACCCAGCCGGCAACCUAAACCUAGGGUUCCAACUCCAACUCCAAGUUUUUCUUUUUUAUACUCCACUUUAGAUGAUGUACAAAUUAAACGUGUAAAUGAUAGUGCAUACUACUUUUGAUGAUCGAGUACUUUGUUUGAAACUAAUGUGAUGAAAUCAAAUACAAGAUUACGGAAUUCAUCCGAGCUGGUAAAUGAUUUCUUUGCACAAAUUAAAUAACAAACUUAGCGUUGCUCUUGUACACCUUUUUAAUAUACAUCGACGUUGACUUCUU